AUGAAUAUGUUGGAUGAUGAAGAUGACCAAAGCUUUCACGCUACGAGUGACGGCUACUCCCAUUUGAGCGAUGUCGAAUGGGAUGCGGUUGAACGAAAGGGUUCAACCAUGGGCAUCCAUGCUGUUAGCGUCAUGCUAGAGGCUCUCAAUAGAGAUGCCCAACAUGCUACUAUCGCCAAGUUCAUUCAAAAUGAACUUGACGCAGAACGCGAGAAACAGCAGGCUGAUGCUGGCGGGUCGAUGCACUCGCGUCGACCCGAGACCUUGAAGAUUGACAUCUCCAAGUAUAGAGGAGUCGAAGAGGACUCCCUCUUGAGAUGGUUCGUCGAAUUGGAUGACGCCAUAAGGGCGCGUCGCAUCGACGACGGGGAUAUGCAAGUUGCAUUUGCCCAGUCAAAUCUGGCAGGACGUGCCAAGACUUGGGCACUGGGGCUCAAGUUGCACGACCCAUAUGCGUUUGGGUCGUUGGAAGUCUUCAAGUCGCGGCUCAGACAAACGUUUGAACCGCCUAGAGCUGAGUUCAGAGCUCGAACCGAUCUCUUGAAGCUCAAGCAGGGUGAGCGUGAUGUGCACGCUUACGCGCAACAUAUACGACAUCUCACGAGUUGUAUAAGUUCCAAUCCGGUGGAUGAACACACGUUGGUUUCGGUGUUCAUGCAGGGUCUUGCGGAUGGUCCCGUCAAGACUCACCUGUUACGACUGAACUAG